GCGAACGACUCGGGGGGAAGCAGGAAGAGACUGUCAAGGCCGGAGCUCCGAUAACCGGGACACCCCAACCGGCACAGGCCCAUCUGUGUAGUCCACCAUGGGCGACAUGAAAACCCCGGACUUCGACGACCUGCUGGCGGCCUUUGACAUUCCAGACAUGGACGCCCGCGAGGCCAUCCACUCCGGGCCCGAAGAUGGCGAAGGGCAGGCCAAGGCGGCGCCGGGGGAAGCGGUCAUCUCCGACCACGGACUCCCUCACGCCGACAUCACAGCGGUCAGCGUCAUCGUCAAGAACACGGUGUGCCCCGAACAGGCGGACCUCCUCGACAUGCAUGGGAAAGACGUGCAGGGCCUCGGGCCCCGUCUCCUCCAGAACGGGUUCAACAGCCCGGAGGUCUCCCGGUCGUCUGGGCCCGCAGCUUCUAAUGGCGGGGAGAGCUGGGCACCCAGGGCCAAAGCCAAACCCAUCGACCUGUACACUGACUUUUCCCCGGUGGAGAAUCCCCUCGAUAGCCAUGUGGCGGACUUAAUCGACCGGCCGCGUGACGUUAAGCCAAAGGAGAGGCCGUUAUUUGAGACCCCCGAUACGGUUCUUUGCCCCCCUCCCAGCGAUUCCCCGGCGGAGGGCGGACUUAGUCUGACGAGGGUCCUCCCCCAAGCCUUUGGCAUGGGCAAGAUGACAACGGGCCUGAGUCUAAGUACACACGUCAUCAAGGAGGAGCCUGUGGAAGAGAGUCCGCAGAGUCCAACAGAACCAAGAGGGAGUCCAUUGCAGCACGCCAACGUUCACUACCCUACUAGAGAACCUCCCAUUCCUUCCUGGACCGACUCCGAGCAAAAAACAGACGGUGACCACAAAAUGAUCUCACCGGAAAGUCCAGAAGAUGUGUCCCUCAAGACGCCGACAAAAACGGCACCAGACGUGGAGUUCUUGGAGGUCCUAAAAGAACCGGAGACCAACGUACCGGGGGUGAAGGAGGAACCAUGCUGGAGUCCAAAAAGCUUGGCCAGUGACCUGGAGGAGGAAGAGGGUAUCAGUUCACCGUCUUCCAAUUCGUCUAGGCCCCUCAAAGUCCGGAUCAAGACCAUCAAGACCCAGUCGGGGAGCAUCACCAGAACGGUCACGGCGGUGUCCUCCGACUCGGACACAGUGGCCUCUGCCGCCACGUCCGAGGAGUCUUCGCAGCUUCCCGUUUCCGAGUCCAGCCAGGAGGCCCCCGCGGAGGCCAAACAAGACGAUAAGGUCCAGUCUCUGCAGAAGAGCGACCUACCGAGUCCACCCAAAGCAGAGGCGUCUCCGGUGGUCAAGCUCCCGCUAGGCAACGGGGUCAAGUUUCAAGGCCCCAUCCUCCCCGUGUCCACUAUUCAGAACGCCAGCAGCGUCAUGCUGAUGGCCGCCAGCGUGGCCCAACAGAAGGCCGUGGUCAUGCCUCCGAAGGCCAGCAAAGUGGUGGCCAAGAACAUUUUCCACCUGGUCCAGCAGCCUCUCCCGACCAGCCUCGCCCUCACCAACAUAACCCUGGCCAGCCAGGUGUCCACCACCGCCCCCAUCACCACUACAACCAGCCCGCAACGCAACGCUACAGUAGUCAUGGUGCAGUCCCAGAAAGCCACGACGCCUGUGGCCGGCACCGUCAUCUCCCGAACGCAGUCCAGUUUGGUGGAGUCCUUCAACAAGAUCCUAAACAGCAAGAACUUGCUUCCGACGUACAAGCCGAACCUCGUGCCGCCCGCCGACUCCAGCCUCAGCCUUCCGGUCUUCGGUUUCCGGUGCCUGGAAUGCGGGGACUCGUUCGCCUUGGAGAAGAGCUUGGCCAGGCACUACGACCGGCGGAGCAUGAGGAUCGAGGUGACCUGUAACCACUGCACCAAGCGCCUGGUCUUCUUCAACAAAUGCAGCCUGCUCCUGCACGCCCGCAAGCACAAGGACAACGGCCUGGUGAUGCAGUGCUCCCACCUGGUCAUGCGGCCCAUCGCCCUGGAGCAGAUGAUCGGGCAGCCGGACGUCACGCCUCUGGUCUCCGUGGCCGUUGUAACUCCCGGGAAGGCUUCCACCCCUGGCCCCACCCAGGACGCCGCCCCCGAGGCCGCCCCGGCUAGCUCGCCCGGCGAGCCCGCGCUUCUCCCCGAACAGUCCACCUACUCCACAUUCCGGUGCCUGGAGUGCAAGGAGCAGUGCAAGAACAAGGCUGGGUUGGCGCAGCACUUCCAGCAGAUCGCACCCACCGCCACUAAUGGCAGCACGGUGUGCUCCCUUUGCCCCAUGAUGAUGCCCAAUCGGUGCAGUUUUGAGGCUCACCAGCGCAUGCACAAGCAGACCUCGCCCAACGUCUGCCCCGAGUGCGGUGGCAACUUCCGCAUCGAGAACUUCCAGACCCACCUGAAGGAGACCUGCCUGCACUUCGCCCGGAGGAUCGGUUACAGGUGUCAGAGCUGCGCACUGGUAUUCGGAGGCAUCAAUUCCAUCAAGUCUCACAUACAGACUGCUCACUGCGAGGUCUUCCAUAAGUGCCCCAUAUGCCCCAUGGCAUUCAAGUCUGCCCCCAGCGCCCAUGCCCACAUAUUCACCCAACACCCGGGAUUCAGCAAUCAGCAGGCCAAGAUGAUCUACAAGUGUGCAAUGUGCGAUACAGUGUUUACCCACAAGCCCCUGCUCUGCUCUCAUCUGGACCAUGCACACUUUGACCAGCAGUUGGGUAACCAGAGAGUGAGCGUCUUCAAGUGCCCGGAGUGCCCCCUGCUGUUUGCCCAGAAGCGGACCAUGCUGGAGCACCUGAAGACGACUCAUAACAGUGUAGUGAAGGAGGACCCACCCCAGACUCCGGAACCUGUCACCCCGAAGCCAGAGCCCAUGGAAGUCCCGGUGAGCCGGCCACCACAUCCGGAACCGGAGGCAGUACCUGAUCCCGAACCGGAAAUUGAGGAUUCAUCGUCCUCGGAAUCUCCCAGCUCCCCCGAGGUCAAGAAGAAAACCAAGACUAAAGACCUGCGCAAACCAGACGGGCCCCGCCAGAGGAGCAACUGCUGGACCUGCGGCAUCUGCCACUCUUGGUUCCCCGAGAGGGACGAGUACGUGGUGCAUAUGAAGAGGGAACACGGCAAGUCUGUGAAGAAAUUUCCUUGCCGUCUGUGUGACCGCUCUUUUUGCUCCGCCCCCAGCCUGCGCCGACACGUCCGGGUCAAUCAUGAAGGGAUAAAGCGGGUGUACCCCUGCCGGUACUGCACAGAGGGUAAACGGACCUUCAGCAGCCGCCUCAUUCUGGAGAAACACAUCCAAGUGCGUCACGGCAUCAAAAUCACUGACCAGACCCGGAGCCAGGAGGUGAUGGUGACCCGAAAUGUCAGAUCUCAGGUACCUGCCGCCCUGAGGAAGAGGAAGCUCUCGUCUGACGAAUCGGGCAGCGACGAACCUGAGAAAAGCAAACCGGCCCUCCCGAAACCCAAGCGCGGCUUCCAGUGCCGAGCGUGCGGCUACAAAACGGCCAGCCUGAGCGACUUCCGGCAACACAUCCCCCAGCACUGCACGGACGAGAGCUCCCACCAGUGCCGGGAAUGUGGCAUGUGCUUCACGUCGCAGAGCUCGCUGAGCCGCCACCGCUUCAUGACGCACAAGAUGAAGGGCAAGGCGGCGGAGGAGGAGGAGCCCGAACCCCCCCAGAAGACGGAAGAGACCGCCGACGGGAAACUAACCUGCCAGGUGUGCAACAAGGUCUUCGACAGCCAGCUGAAUCUGAACACCCACUUCCGCACGCACGGCAUGGCCUUCAUCAAACAGCGCCAGAGCGGCGCCAGCGACAACUGACGGACUCGACAGCUGCACCGCCGACGGUCCCGGUAUCCGGUAACCAAACCCUACAAGUGCCUUAAUAUCAUGACGUCAGUCCUCUCCACCAAUCAUGUAAAGCGUUGCCUCUCGGACCACCAGGGACUUUGGCCGGCCCUUGCCGGUUGGUACCGCCAGCAGGGCGGGCUACGGUGGCGGCACGGCUGCAGAGAUAACCACUGACCCCGGCUGGUGCGCUCUUAUAAAUAUAUGUAAAAUAACUUUAAUAUAAAUGUCUAUUUUUCUGCACAGAAUUUCUAGAGAAGUAGCCGGCGUUCACUUCUCGAAUCGCUGGGUCCUCUGUACUUUUUCCAUUUUUUUUGUAUCUUUUUGUUGGAUAAUGAGGUGUUUUGUUUAAUUUAUACGCUGUAGAUGGGGGUGGGGUGGAGGGGUAUGUUCUCCAUGAGAGCCUGCAGAAAACGGUCAUUGGACGUAGGCCUUUGGUGC